UAUAUUUCCUCUGCUCCUUUUGCCAUAAUACGCAAGGUGCUCUCCCUUUCCUUCUUUAUAGCCCAUUCAUUUUCAGUUCGGAUCUCCGGUUCGGGUUUUCGGAUGCCCGGUUUGUAAACCUGAAACGUAGAAUGGAACCAUCGGAGCUGAAGAGGUCGAAGGACUCGCCGAACUUGGACGAGUCAACUCGUCGGUCGUCAUUUCCCGACGAAGUGCUGGAGCGAGUUCUCUCCCUUUUGAAAUCCCACAGGGACCGGAGCUCCGUUUCUUUGGUUUGCAAGGACUGGUACAACGCGGAACGGUGGUCGAGGACUCACGUCUUCAUCGGAAACUGUUACUCGGUUUCGCCGGAGAUCGUCGCGCGGCGGUUCCCGAAGAUAAGGAGCGUGACUUUGAAGGGGAAACCUAGGUUUUCUGACUUCAACUUGGUGCCGGAAAAUUGGGGAGCCGAUAUCCACGCGUGGCUGGUCGUUUUCGCGGCUAAGUAUCCGUUCCUCGAAGAGCUUAGGCUUAAGCGAAUGGCGAUCAGCGAUGAAAGCUUGGAGUUUCUCGCAGUUUCUUUCCCUAACUUUAAAGCUCUUUCCCUUUUAAGCUGUGACGGUUUUAGCACUAACGGACUUGCCGCCAUUGCCACUCACUGCAAGAACUUGACUGAGCUUGACAUACAGGAGAAUGGCAUUGAUGAUAAAGGGGGUAGUUGGUUGAGCUGCUUCCCGGAAAGCUUCACAUCAUUGGAAGUGCUCAACUUUGCCAACUUGAGUAGCGAUAUUAAUUUCGAUGCUCUUGAGAGGCUUGUAGGUAGGUGCAAGUCAAUGAGGGUUUUGAAGUUGAAUAGGAGUGUAUCGUUGGAACAGUUACAAAGACUUCUUGUUAAUGCCCCACAAUUAGCUGAGCUCGGUACGGGCUCGUUCUCGGAAGAACUUACUUUCCGCCAAUGUGUAGAGCUUGAAAGUGCGUUAAGUAAUUGCAAGAAUAUGCAUACGCUAUCUGGUUUGUGGGAUGCCAAGGGGAUAUAUCUCCCUGCCCUGUAUCCUGUGUGCACGCAUCUAACAUUCUUGAACUUGAGCUAUGCUGCUUUGAGAAGCGAUGAAUUGGCUAAACUUCUGGCUCAUUGUCCACGACUUAAACGCCUAUGGGUCUUGGACACGGUAGAAGACAAGGGGCUGGAGGCUGUUGGAAUGAACUGCCCUUUGCUUGAGGAACUACGAGUUUUCCCUGCUGAUCUGUUUGACGAGGAAAUUAUCCAUGGAGUCACUGAAGCUGGGUUUGUGGCUGUGUCUUUUGGUUGCCCGAGACUCCACUAUGUUCUCUAUUUUUGUUGUCAAAUGACUAAUGCUGCUGUAGCAACCAUUGUACAGAACUGCCCUGAUUUUACUCAUUUCCGAUUAUGCAUAAUGAACCCGGGUCAACCGGAUCAUAUCACAAAUGAACCUAUGGAUGAAGCUUUUGGUGCUGUGGUUAAGACAUGCACUAAACUUCAGAGGCUUUCAGUUUCAGGUCGCUUAACUGAUCUGACAUUCGAGUAUAUCGGUAGGUAUGCUAAGAACUUGGAGACCCUCUCAGUGGCAUUUGCAGGCAGCAGUGACUGGGGGAUGCAGUGUGUUAUGGGAGGUUGUUCAAAACUAAGGAAACUUGAGAUACGAGAUUGCCCGUUUGGAAAUGCUGCACUGCUGUCAGGUUUGGAGAAGUACGAAUCUAUGAGGUCACUUUGGAUGUCGGCCUGCAAUGUGACAAUGAAUGGUUGUAGGCUAUUGGCAAGGGAGAUGCCUAGGUUGAACGUUGAGGUAAUGAAGGAGGAUGGAAGUGAUGAUAGUCAAGCUGAUAAAGUCUAUGUUUAUCGUUCGAUUGCUGGCCCACGGAGGGAUGCCCCACCAUCUGUUCUUACUCUCUGAAAUGCUUGGUGACAGGCAAACAGAGAAACAUUUUAAGUUUAGACCGUCUAAGCAUCUAAAGCCUCGAAGGUCGGGAACAAGUUUGCCUCUUUUGCUUGAUUUACUGCACCCCUGAAGAGCAAGAUCGCAAGACUGCCAACGCAAAAGUGUAUGAAGCAACCAUGGCAGUGCGUCACAAAUGAACUAAAAUCCGUCCCUACAACGCAUUGCCACCCAGGUCCGUAUACCCUGUCGAAAUCCUGCAUUUAGAACUCAAAUCAAAGACGCAUACGGUAUAUAGUCUCCAACAUAUCCGAUACCCCAUAUGGAGUUACAAUAAAUUCUAGCUUAGAGCCCUCACCUUUUUUAUAAACUGGGCUAUAUCAGUCGAUUCAGUGGCUUCGAAGAUAUCAAGAGCUUUUGCAGCUAAGUGAAGUGCAUCCUUCUGCAUCGUAUGGAGCAUAUCGGUUUCGCCUACAAUCGCUUUACCCUCCAACAUCGCUUUGGAUAAAACCUUGGUUGUCGGGGAAGAAAGCUUGAAGAGGAAGGCAGUGGAGACUCAAGGCUAUAUAAUUGGAAGGAUUAUAUAGAAAAACGAACCAGAAAGUCCAAGUUCGAACCCACAGGAAACUGGUUCGAUCGAUUAAAAGCCGGUUGGUUACUUGAUGCAAUGGAUUAAAAGUUGACUUAGGCAUCUACUAAAACUAUUUGCAGAACGUGUCAAAAAGAGAUAAAACUAUAUUUGGGUCCACAUUAUCUUUGAUGAUAUGUGAAUUUGUGGUAGUAUGAUAUAUUGCUUUAUCUUUCUUUUUUAUUUGAUCAAAAAGGACCAAAUUUUGAUUAACUUUUCUUAUUGACCUUUCCACAUUACUGUAUUAUUACAUGAUCAUUUUCCCAUAAGAUAAAGACCUGGUCUUAGUUGAUAAAUCUAGGUUACCCAAUUCCUUAAAUGUAAAUUAUAAUUGCAAAGUAAUAUUUGAAUGGUUUGUAAUUUGUGGUAGCUGCAGAUUGACAUCUUUGAUUACUUUUUCUUGAAUUAAAAUUCUAAUAUUUUCAAAA